CAAUGCAGGGGGGCUACGGAGUACUGUGUAUUUGAUCAGGUGGACAAUGGGCGGUCCGGGUUCCAUCAUCGUUGACGGAAUUGAUUGUGCGCAGCCCAGCCCAGGUAGACAGGUUCAUGAUAGGUCAUCCUGCGAGGAGCAUACUGUGGCAGGAGUCCCUUGUAGCCAGGCCACAAGACCACCACACGGGCACUUUGAUACGUAACCCAGGCUCCCGGGUACCUUGGGUAGGUAGUUUACCCCUCCGCAGCAGCGGUCUGUCUCGGGUCCAACGGACCAGCUCACUCCUUGCUCUCGUCACAUACCCAACAUUUCUCACCAUUGCAUUGUCACUCGAGUCUCGAGUCGUCGAGUCUAUCGAGGGCCACAAAGACAAAGUUCGGACCGACCAGGCUACCCUGACGGCAGCACUGCAGCAAGAGGAGGCAGGUAGCGUCCGCUGCUCGAUUAACAUAACAGAAACUCCAGAAGGGGAAAGGCCUGCACGCCAGCCAGUCUUGUGUUCACCUUUGGUGCCAUCCUGCCUGUCCAAGGACCCCGCAGUCCCUCUACACGGUCCCAAGGGCAAGGGCAAGGCAGAGGCCAGGACCAGGAUCCAGCAGGGAAAGAGCAAUUGGUAGGAGCAGCGCAAAAAGAAAAAAAAAAGAUAGAGAGAGAGGGCCAGGCCGGGCCAGGGCGGCCGCAGCUUAUUGUUUCUUGCCUGCUGCACUUUGUCCCGUUGUUAUCUACCCAGGCCCUCUCACCACACCCCACCCGCUCUGCCUGUUCUCCUUGCCAAACCGCCGCAAGCCGACGAAGACCGCCUUCUCGACAGCUGCCCCAUCCAAACUGGCUGCACAGCAUUGACCGAGCGCACCCUUCGCAAACCUUCAAUAGACGCAAUCCCGGCCACACACACACACACCCCGUCCCCCCAAGGACAGCAGCCCCGACGCCAUCGGCACGCCAAUGGCUCAGGAGGCUCCGUCGCAGCCCUCGUACGGCAGCGGCUCCGGCACCGGCGGCGGAGACAAUUCCCACACCCGGUCUUCUCCCUCCGCCCAACCUCCCGGCACGGCUUCUUCUGCAUCGCAGGCCCAGGCCGCCCAGCAUAAGCGGGUCUACCAGGCAUGUAUCCCGUGCCGCCGCCGCAAGGUCCGCUGCGACCUCGGCAGCGUCGACAACCCCCACGACCCGCCGUGCGUCCGCUGCCGCCGCGAGUCCAAGGACUGCUACUUCAGCGCCACCCGCCGCAAGAGGAAGACCGACGACGAGGACGAGAGGGAGGAUGAGUACAUCAUCCGCAACGGCAGGAAGAGGCUGCACCCCGGCCAGUCUCCCCCGCCCCCAUUGGACCGCAGAGGCUAUACCGAGACGCCUCUGACCCCCGGUGGCUCCUUAGGCCGCCCGCAGCCGCUCCGGCGGCCAGGCCUCGGUGAGCACACCCGUUCCGACUCGAGGAGCAGCGUCAGUGCCACCCGCGGCCCGAGUGCUGGCGAGUUCGCCGCCGACGAGCCGAACACCCCCCUGGAAAACUAUGAGGCCCGGACCGUCAUGCGCAAGGAGCUCUACGGCCCGCACGAUGCACUCGACCUGCUGUACAAGGCCGCCACCGACAACAAGCACGACGCCGCCACACAGCCCACCCACCUGAGCCCGCAGACUUCGGACCUGCGCACCCCCUCGCUGGCUGCUCCCCUCGGGGGCAUGCCACGCGGACACGAUGGCAUACUCUAUGGCCAACAGUCCGGCGCCCCGCGCGGCACCAUGGAUGCGCCCAUCGAUCCCCAGCUCACAAAGGCCGACGCCGCCAAGCCAGGGACAUCGCCAGCUCAUGAUGAUGCCCUCAAGGCUUGGGCUAGGUUCCGCUUCGUGAGGGCUGGCUGGUUCACCUCUCAGGAGGCCAUCGACUAUAUUGACUACUACUACAAAUAUCUCUCUCCGCUGACCCCCAUCUCACCGCCGACCUUCCAGGACCCUGCCACCCACUUGACGCUCUUGACUGAGGAGCCCAUUCUCACUGUCACCCUCUUAUGCAUCGCGUCUAGGUACCGCAAACUGCCUGGUACGGGGGGCGUCAGCCGCGCGAAUGCAAUCCAUGAGCAAUUAUGGACCUAUCUGCGGGGAAUGAUCGAGCGUGUGAUAUGGGGCCAGGAGGCUUUCGGCGGUGGCUUCUGCGGCUCAGGUGCCGACGAGUCCCAGACCUCGAGCACAGCCCCAUGGCGUGGUCUGAGGAAGGGAAGUCUGCGCACAUUUGGUACCAUAGAAUCGUUGAUGAUCUUGACCGAGUGGCACCCCAGAGCCCUGCACUUCCCACCGUCAGAAGCCGUCGACGAGUUGAUGAUCCCCGCCUAUGACUCCGCGCCGCCUCCCGGCGGAAAUGAUGAGACCAACAACCCUGCUGUCGGCGUUGGUGGCAGGAGGGUUGAGAGCUGGCUCGAGCCCGCUUGGAGGAGCGACCGCAUGUGCUGGAUGCUACUGACCGCGGCCAUGGGCCUCGGCUAUGAGCUAGGUGUGUUUGACAACAUCGAGGAGCUCCUGGCGACGGGUGCCAUCUCGCGCCCCGAGUAUGAAGAAGAGUCCUACCGGCUGCGAGCCCACCGCAUCAAACGCCUCAUCCUCAUCUACCUCAGUCAGCUGGCAGGACGACUUGGAUGGACCAACAUGGUCCCUGAGAAUCUACGUCGGCAGGCCUCCCUGAAUCGUCCGUCAUCCGUCGAAGGUACCACGCCUGGAACCAAUGUCUCAACCAUGUCGUUCAAUUACAUCCCUGACCUGGAACUAGACGAUCAAAUCAUCCAAUGCUGGGCCGGCAUCAGCAACGCCAUGCACGCCGGCAACGAGAGGCUCUUCCGGUCAAGACAACACACCACGGACAUCAUCCAGAGCGGCAAAUACAUCGACCUGCUGAAGGAGUUCCAGCCCAUGUUGCAAGCCUGGUGGACACAAUUCGACCGCUUCCGCCUGCCCCCAUACAGCCGGCACAUCCUCACCAUUGAGUACGAGUACGUGCGGAUAUACGUAAACUCACUCUCGCUGCAGGCCGUAGUUGAGCGUUGUGCCACCAUUGCGUCCGGCGCGUCCGGCGCGUCCGGCACGUCGGCCGCAGCCCCCGACGCAGCAGGAUCCACGGCGAGCGGCCAUCAGCUUAGCCCAAAGACCCAAGACAUCUACGGGAAGAUGCCGAUCGGUAAUAUUGGCGGCGUCAGCGCGGCAGAUCAGGAGUACAUCCGGGAAGUCGUCGAAGGGAGCCGGAACCUGCUACGCACAGUCGUGGAGGGUCUGCUUCCGGAUGAUUAUCUGAAGCACGCACCUGUGCGGACAUACUUCAGGAUCAUCAGCGGGGCCAUGUUCCUGCUCAAGACGUUCGCACUAGGUGCGACAAGACACGAUGUGGAGGUGUCCAUCGGCCUGAUGGACAGCACGGUCAAGGCGCUGCGCACCUGCGUGGUGGACGACGUGCACCUCGGCAUCCGGUUCGCUGACCUCUUGGAGAACCUCACCAUGAGGCUCAGGAACCGCUUUAUAUACGUUGCGCACCAGUCCGGCAACACGGCGGCAAACUCGACGGACGGCGUCAAGAGCCCCGUGCCCGAGGCAAGCAUGAUGGGCGGGCCGGUCAUGAACACGGGGCUGGGCAUCAAUGGACACGACCACAUUGGCUGGCCCAGGGUGAAUCCGCCAGAACGCGCCGUGACGCCGGCCAACAUCUCCGCCAUGCCAUUUGACAUCCCCAGCGAUUUCCACAUACCAUGCGUCUUCGGCGGGCCCACGACGCCCGCAUCGACCACCAUGCCAGUGAACGGCAACAACGCCGCCAACAACACCAACUCGAACACGAUGGGCCCGACGGGCAACGGCAGCAGCCAUCAAAUCCCCGACAUGUUCGGCGCCGACGGUACGGACUGGGCCGGCGCCAACAGCGACAUGUGGUUCCUGCCCGCGGGCCCGGCCUUCUUCCAGAACGUCGGCGGGCCCGGCGAGAACAACGUCGCCAUGUCCGCCGAGGGCGUUAAUGUCGGCGGCAUCGACCUGCUGGAUUAUAUGGCCAUGGACGAUUACCCCAUGGGCGGUGGCGGGCCGCUCUAAAAGUCCUUUUCAACAAAAAUACUAGAUUACACUCACUUUUUUUUUGUUUUAGUGGCUGCUUGGGUUUGUUCUCCUCCAGAUUGGUUCUCGGCGUACAUGUGGCUCAAAUGGGUGUCAUGGAAAGCGUAGUCCUAGGUAUUUUUGCUUGACUAAUUUUGCACGUGCUCUGGGCUGAGGGGCGGCGCUGGCUGGAUUUUUUGAAGGUUAUCGAGAUGAAUUUGUAAAUAUUGAGAGUAUGGAUGCCGUAAGGUAAAGUACGAAUGAGAAAAGCUGAUUGAUCGCUCGA